AUGGAUGCCGGAGACAAGGGUGACGGAUCAUACCAGGGCCUGCGCCAUCUUUCCAAACGGCCACUCUCCGUCUUGCAUGAGGCAGAAAGAAAUGUGAACCAAGAGAUGGAUCAAAGCUACCAAAUCAGACUGGAAGACACUGAUCUGGCCCAACAAUAUCAUCUUCCAGCCCGGGUGGAGGCGCGUCCUGGGGAUGCGGGGCACAGCCUCCUGCUCCUGCUCGCGGUGGCCGCGGCCCCGAGGGAGACCCGGGCGGGCCCCCACUCCAUGAGGUUUUUCCACACUGCGAUGUCCCGGUCCGGCUCGGGGAGCCCCGCUUCAUUAUCGUGGGCUACAUGGACGGACGACACGCAGUUCGCGCGGUUCGACAGCGACUCCCCAGGUCAGAGCGCAGAGCCCCGGGCGCCCUGGGCGGAGCAGGCGGAGCAGGUGGAGCAGGAGGACUGGGACGAGGAGACGCGGAUCCUAAGGGACAGCACACUGUGGUACCGCGCGCAGCUGGACUCCCUGCGCGGCCUCUACAACCAGAGCGAGAGCGGCUCUCACACCCUCCAGAGGAUGUGUGGCAGCGACAUGGGGCCCGACGGGUUCCUCCUCCGCGCGUACAGUCAGUUCGCCUACCACGGCGCCGAUUACCUGGCCCUGAACGGGGACCUGCGCUCCUGGACCGCGGCGGACACGGCCGCUCAGAUCACCCGCGCCAGUGGGAGACCCAGUGAGGCAGAGAAAUUCAGGAACUAUGAGAAGGGCAAGUGCUUGAGGUGGCUGUGCACAUUCCUGGAGUACGGGAAGGAGACUCCGCAGCGCACGGAUCCCCCAAAGACACGCAUGACCCACCACCCCACCUCUGAGCAUGAGGUCACCCUGAGGUGCUGGGCUCUGGACUUCUACCCAGCGGACAUCACCCUGACCUGGCAGCGAGAUGGGGAGGACCUGACCCAGGAGAUGGAGCUGGUGGACACCAGGCCUGGGGGAGACGGAACCUUCCAGAAGUGGGCGGCUCUGGUGGUGCCUUUUGGAGAGGAGCAGAGAUACACGUGCCAUUUGCAGCAUGAGGGGCUGCUGGAGCCCCAAGUCCUGAGAUGGGUGCCCCCUCCUCAGUCCUUCAUCCCUACUUCGGGCAUCAUUGCUGGCCUGGUUCUCCUUGGAGCUGUGCUCACUGGAGCUGCAGUGCCUGCUUCCUGGAGCGGACAUUUUGGCCAGCAGGUCCUGGCACUGCUCCGUGAGGUAGUCGGGCAGCUGGAGGUACGCGCUCAGGACGCGCACCCUGACCGCCGGGAGGUGGGGUGCCCUGAAGGGCAGUUUGCCGGCCCCCACUCCCUGAGGUUUUUCUCCACUGCGAUGUCCCGGCCCUGCCCCAGGGAGCCCCGCUACAUCGCCGUGGGCUACGUGGACGACACGCAGUUCGGGCGGUGCGACAGCCACUCUCCGGGCCAGAGUGUGGAGCCCCGGGCGCCCUGGGCGGGGCAGGUGGGGCCGGAGGACCUGGACGAAGAGACUCUGAUCCAAAGGGACAACGGGCAGUGGUUCAAAGCGCUCCUGAGGGACCUGCGCGACCGCUACAACCAGAGCGAGGACGGGUCUUACACCCUGCAGAGGAUGUUUGACUGUGAAGUGGGGCCAGACCUGAGCCUCCUCGGCGGGUAUGACCAGUUCGCCUACGACGGCGCGGAUUCCAUCUCCCUGAGCGAGGACCUGCGCUCCUGGACCCCCGGGGAUUCGGGGGCUCAGAUCACCCAGCGCGCGUGGGAGGCGGCGGGGAGGGUCGAGCGCGUCAGGCACAGUGUGCAGAGCAGGUGCUUCCCGCGGCUCCGCAGACUCCUGGAGAUGGGGAAGGAGGUGCUGCAGCGCACAGGUAAGAGGACACACAUGACCCUCCACCCCACCUCUGACCAUGAUGUCACCCUGAAGAGCUGGGUCCUGGGCUUCUACCCUGCGGACAUCACCCUGACCUGGAAGCAAGAUGGUGAGGACCUGACCCAGGACACAGAGCUGGUGGAGACCAGGCAUGGUGGGGAGGACAGAACCUUCCAGAGGUGGGUGGCUGAGGUGGUGUCUUCUGGAGAGGAUCAGAGAUACACGUGCCAUGUGCAGCAUGAGGGGCUACUGGAGCCCCAAGUCCUGAGAUGGGAGUCCCCUCCUCAGUCCUCCAUCUCUACCACGGGCAUCACUGCUGGCCUGGCUCUCCUUGGAGCUGUGCUCACUGGAGCUGCGGUGGCUGCAGCUCAGGGACAUAAAUCAAAAAGCUACCAGGCACUGCAGGCACUGGGGCGGGACACCCACACCAAGGUUAUGCUGGUGCUGCACGAGCUCACAGACAUGAAGGUGCACAUCAGGGGCGUCCGGAAGUCCGUGCUGCUUGACCUCCAGCUCCUGGCCCACGAGAUGGGGUGCAUGAAGGCCCUUUAUCACCCGAACAUCAUGGAGCUCUUCCAGGACCCGGCCAUAACCAAAGCUAUGGAGCGCCUGCGCUACCAGAGGCAGGAAAUUCGGGAGGCCAUUGAUGCUAACAACCGAGGUUUUGGGGAAUGCCCGAAGGCCGGUAUCCUGCGAAAGUCCAAAAGAGGGGAAGGAUGCCACCCCAGGCAACAGGGUCAUCUCCGCCAGGUCCCUGAGCUGGAGGACACCCAGGAGCACACCACCGCCACAGGGCCAGGCCCCCUGCUAGAGGACACCCCGAAGGCAGACCCUCUGUGCUAG